AUGACGACAAAUAUGUUAGCUCCCGUUAGAACAUACGCACUGAGAUCAUUUCGCGAGUUGAGAAUUGUGGCAAAUGACGAACAAAUGCCUAAUGAUCAGAUUCCAUUUAUAAAGUUGAUGAAGGGAGAUAAGGGCAGUGCAGAGAUUUUCGGCCGCGAACUAUCGCCAGAAAUAGAAUUAAAAAUAACACAUGGAGCUAGAUUGGCUUUGUAUACAUGGAGGGGCUGUACUGUACAAGUUCGAGGUACAGUAAAUCAGGAAUACGAAGCCCCUGAUAAUGCCAUGAAGGAAUACAUAAACGUGGCUUAUGCUUUGGACGCUCAAAGAGAAUUGUCAGUUAUAAGCGGUGAUUAUGGGCCAAGGGUUUUGGUAACCGGUUCACCCAGCAGUGGCAAAUCAUCAGCAUGCUUAAUGCUGCUAAAUUAUGCUCUGAGGAAUGGCUGGACUCCAUUUUUUGUAGAGGCUGAUCCCAGGGGCUCAACUGACAAAGACGUUUUACACUCUUAUCCCGGGGUAAUAAGUUCAUUUGUGUAUCAGUCAGUAGACUAUACAAGUGCUGUAAAUCAAUUGAAUUACUUCUUUGGACAUGCAGAAAUUGAAGAGGAUUUGGGACUAUAUUAUCACAUUAAUAAAUGUAUAGCAUCUGCCAUUGACAGUGUAACAGAUAAAAAUUUUAAAGUACAACCACAGGGCAAACGCACGGAUGAAUCUCAGGAUUUUGGCAAAUUUAUUAAAUCUUCAGGCAUAAUAAUUAAUGCGCCUUACCAAGCAUCUCAGAAAAUCAUUUGUAAAUUGGUAAAAUUGUACAGAAUAACUACAGUACUAGUUAUCGAUAAUCCAUCGCUAAAUCAUGUGCUGAAUGAGUCAUUCAGUGACAAAUCUAACCAACCCACGGCUCAAAUUGUGGGCGGGAUGGCCUUUACUACAGACAAUAGUAAUUGUGAUCAAACUGAGCAAACGAGUAAUACAAAAAAAACAGUGAUUUUGGGCCUAUCUAAACUAGAAGGGGCACUAUCAGUGGACAAUCAACGCAUUAAAUAUAUAAAGGAUGCCACUUGGAAGAGAUACUUUGGGUUGGACAAAAGUUCAGCAACAUUUGGCUUCCACGUCAUUCGAUUUAAAUUAUCGCAGGUCAAAUUUAUCACUUUCGAAUCAAACUCGCUUUUAGGUUCUGAAGCAUUGCCCACAGACCAAGAGUCAAGUUGCGAAAUGGUAACAGCAAAUAUUUGGGCUGGAAUGGCAAAGACACUUGUCAAUACAAUUUUGGCAGUAGUUUCUACUAGUGAAUUGGAAUUAGCACCAUUCGCAAAUGUUGAAUGUUUUGUCCACCUGAAAUCUGUAGAAGAUAUGCCUGUGGAUCCUAACGGUAAUGACAAGGCGGAAUUUAUAGGGGAGAUACUAUGCCCGUCAAAGUAUACCUCGUCAAAUCUACCUCCAUUCCUAGUCGUGCCUGGGACCCUGAGGGCCAUGAAAUGGCUUCAGUAA